UAUAUAUAGUGCUUCAUGAUCAUUAUUGAGAUGAUGAAUGGAAGAAGAAUAAUAACGAUAAUGGAUCUAAAUCUAUUAUCAUAUGUGAGGAGAAAAUUACUACCAUAUAACAUAGAUGAUGCUACGUUUUUUAUUAUAUCUACCUUCAUAAUCAUCAUACUAGUACUACUAUUUUUUUUUCAUAAACUCAAAAUUAGAAGAACCAAAUUGAAGCUACCACCAUGUCCACCAAAACUCCCUUUCAUUGGAAAUUACCAUCAACUAGGAACACUUCCUCACCGCACUUUCCAAUCUCUAUCAAAAACCUAUGGCCCUUUAAUUUUACUCUACCUAGGCCACCUUCGAGUUUUGGUAGUUUCGUCGGCCGAAUUGGCGAAAGAAGUCAUGGAAACAAACGAUGUGGUUUUCGCUAGCCGGCCGCACCACACGGCCACGAGGGUCUUGCUAUAUGGUUGCAAGGACAUCGCAUUCGAGUCCUACGGCGAAGCAUGGAGACAGAAAAGAAAGAUUUGUGUUCUUGAGUUGCUUAGCGCGAAAAAGGUUCAAUUACUCCAAUAUAUAAAAGAAGAGGAGGUUACAAUAUUGAUUAAUAAAUUACGUGAAUCUUGCAUGAAUGUUAAUAAUAGUAGUUAUGGUAAUUCUACUACUAAUUAUGUAAACCUUAGUGAGAUGAUAAUUACAACAACAAACAACAUUGUAAGUAGGUGUAUAUUUGGGAGGAAGUACUAUGAUCUAAGUGGAAGAGUUAAAAGGUAUAGGGACACUUUUGAAGUGUUGGAUGCUUUCUUUGAUCAUGUAAUUGAGGAGCAUAAGAUGGCAAGCAAAGAGGAUGAUCAUAAUAAUAAUAAGAAGAAAGAUUUUGUGGACACUCUUCUUCAACAUCAAAAGGCUAUUAUGGUUGACUUUGAGCUUGGUGAUGAUGAUGUUAAGGCACUCAUAAUGGACAUGUUUUUGGGAGGGAGUGACACAACUUCAUCAACACUAGAAUGGGCUUUCACAGAGCUAAUGAGAAGCCCAAUGAAAAUGAAAAAGGCCCAAGAUGAGGUAAGAAGAGUUAUUGGCAACAAAUCAAAAUUAGAAGAAAAUGAUAUUAAUCAAAUGAAUUACUUAAAAUGUGUCAUCAAAGAAACCCUAAGAUUACAUCCAGCUGCUCCUCUUUUGACUCCAAGAGAAACAACACGUAAAACCAAACUCCAAGGCUAUGAUAUUCCUCAAAAAACAAUGGUUUAUGUUAAUGUAUGGGCAAUUCAAAGAGAUCCUCAAAUUUGGCAAGAACCUGAUGAGUUUAUACCUGAAAGAUUUGAAGACAAUGAGGUUAAUUUCAAUGGUAAAUGCUUUCAAUUUUUACCAUUUGGUUCUGGAAGAAGAAAAUGCCCUGGAAUGACAUUUGGAAUUACUUCAGUUGAAUAUGUUCUUGCUAAUCUUUUAUGUUGGUUUGAUUGGAAGAUACCAAAUCAAAGUGGUGUACCUGGUCAUGCCCUAGAUAUGUCUGAGACCUUUGGCCUCACCGUCAACAGAAAAGUUCCACUUUAUCUUCAGCCGAUAAUGCCGAGUUGCGACUUCUAAAGUCGAAAUACUUGCAUGUUCUUAAAGUAUAUUUUGUGAGUUUUUUGUAAAUUAGGUUAAAAAAUGUAUGUUACUCUGAUAUUUUUGUUU